AUGGUCACCCGCAGCCAACGGGGCAUUGUCAAGCCUAAACGUCUGUUUAACUUACAUAACACGGUUGUGAAAUCUCCUCUACCUCGUAACCCAUUGGCCGCUCUUCGUGACCCGAAUUGGACAAUGGCUAUGAAUGAUGAAUUUGAUGCUCUUGUUAGGAAUAAGACGUGGGAUUUGGUCCCCCGUCCACCUAAUGUUAAUGUUAUUCAUUCUAUGUGGAUUUUUACUCAUAAAGAAAAGUCUAAUGGUGAUUUUGAGAGGCAUAAAGCCCGACUUGUAGGUGAUGGCAAAACUCAGCAGGUUGGCAUUGACUGUGACGCUCUCCGUCGUUCCAUUAUGGAUAGCCUUGGUUCCGAAUUUGCUAUGAAGGAUUUGGGUCCUUUGAAUGAUUUUCUUGGCAUUGCUGUGACCCGUCACAAGGGGGGGAUGUUCCUCUCACAACGUAAGUAUCAGGAAAUCAUUGAUCGCGCGGGUAUGUCAUCUUGCAAGCCCUCUCUCACUCCGGUUGACAUAAAACCGAAGGUCGGUGCUACUUCUGGGUGCUCCUUAUGA